AUGAAGGAAGUCAUUAUCCGUGAGGUCUUGGCAUACAAUUUAGAGUACGAAUUCAAUCUCAUCCAUAGAGCUAUUCAUGAAGGUCAUUUCAUCAUAUCUAUGGAUACUGAGUUUCCUGGUGUAAUUCAUUUCCCUAAAACUGAUCGUCGCCAUCUUCAAACAGUUGACCAGUACCGUUACUUGAAGGUCAAUGUCGACAAUCUUAAACUCAUUCAAGUUGGACUCACCAUUUCUGAUUCUGAGGGAAACCUUCCAGAUUUUGGAACCAAUAACUGUUAUAUUUGGGAGUUUAAUUUCCGCGAUUUCGACGUCAAUAAUGAUCUUUGUAAUCAAGAAUCAGUUGAUAUGCUUCGCCGUCAAGGGAUCGACUUUGAGCGUAAUUUCUGUCAUGGCGUGGAUUCAAGGCGUUUCGCUGAUCUAAUGCUCUCAUCCAUACUUGUUUUUAACAAAUCAGUUACUUGGGUCACUUUCAGUAGUGGUUAUGAUUUUGGAUAUUUGGUGAAGAUUUUGACCGGAAUGAAUUUACCAAACCAGCUGGAGGAUUUUUUAACUGUCAUAGAAGUAUUGUUUGGAAAAAAUGUUUAUGAUAUGAAACAUAUGAUGAAGUUCUGCAACUCCUUGUAUGGUGGUCUCGAAAGAGUCGCUGCUACUCAUAAUGUGAGUCGGGCGGUUGGAAAUUCACAUCAAGCUGCAUCGGAUAGUUUGCUGACUUGGCAGGCAUUUAACAUUAUGAUGAAGACUUAUUUUAAGAAUGAUGAAGCUUCCAAGCAUGCUGGAGUUCUGUAUGGAUUAGAAAGUGCAGUUUAG